UUGUCACUAGUAAUAAAAACACACCUGUGCCUUAUAGACGUUUACUAUUAGCAUGUUGUUUGCUUCUCCGUUUGUACAAAACCGAUUCACAUAAAUCCGAAGCAAUUACACAUAGCUUCUGCGUAUUUUAAAUAUCAGACGUGGUGAGAGAAGGUUGAAAACUAGACGACUAGUAAUUGUUUGUCCAUCUCUAAUAUAAUCGCUACACUGUAUAACUUCCUCUCAUGGUCUCCAGAAUUACAAUUGCCCUUGUUCUUUUUGAAUUUCUUCUCUGCCAAGAGUUUGAACCUUUAAAAGCACAAACAUGGCUACAAGCUGGUUAUUGGUAUUCUGGGAGUGGAUUUCCUGUUUCAGACAUCAACUCUGCUCUUUAUACUCACCUGAUAUGUGCUUUUGCUGAAUUGAACUCUUCCACAUAUGAGCUCUAUGUCUCCCCAGAAGAUGAGCAAUCAUUCUCUUCAUUCACAACUACUGUCAAACAAAAGAAUCCAUCCAUCACUACACUGCUGUCAAUUGCAGGUGGAAAUGGUAACGACACUGUCUUAUCAUUAAUGGUAAGCAAAGACUCUUCAAGGAAAUAUUUCAUUCAGUCUUCAAUAAGAAUAGCCAGGCUUUAUGGUUUUCAAGGCCUGGACCUGUCAUGGGUUCCUGAAACAAUUUCUGACAUGAACAACAUGGGAAGGCUUUUUGAGGAGUGGAGGGCAGCUGCAAAAUCUGAGGCAGCAAACGAUAGCACUCAAGUGUUGAUCUUAACGGCAGCUGUUCAUUUUAGACCAGGUUUGGAUUCCGCUUCUUACCCAGUGGAGUCUAUUCAAAAUAACUUGAAUUGGGUACAUAUUUUGACUUACGACUACCACAUGCCUCAGUUGGCAAAUUUCACUGCUGCCCAUGCAGCCUUAUAUGAUCCUUCAAGUUCUGUAAACACAGACAAUGGUAUCAAGGAAUGGAUUGGUAGUGGAGUAACGGCUAGCAAGUUGGUUUUGGGGUUGCCUUUCUAUGGAUAUGCCUGGAAUCUUAGGAACCCAGAGGAUAAUGCAAUAGGUGCAUCAGCAACAGGUCCAGCAAUUGGAAAAAGUGGAGCUAUGAACUAUAAGGACAUCAAGGCUUAUAUUCAACGAUAUGGAGGCCAUGUCAAGUACAAUGCUACUUAUGUAGUUAAUUACUUCUCCAAUGGAUCGACUUGGAUAGGUUAUGAUGAUGUUGAGGUUGUCAAAAUGAAGGUUUCUUAUGCAAGGGAAAAUAAGUUACUUGGCUAUGCUGUGUGGCAAGUUCCUUAUGAUGACAAUUGGGUUCUUUCUAGUGCUGCAGCUGAACAUGUUGACCAAAAUGGACGCAAUAGUUGGCGAUUAUUAGUGAUCAUUUUGAUCAUAACUGCUAUGUCUGUUAUCCUAUUAGGCAUCUUAAUUUACUACUUAAGGAGGAGAUUUCCCAAAUCAACAGCAGCAGUAAUUUUAAGUACUUUGAACAAUGUGAAUAAAGACGCUUCAAGACUUUUCCACAGCAACGCACCUGAUUUACAAGUAUUCAGCUUUUCUGAUAUUGAGCAGGCCACGGAUAGAUUCUCAAUUGAAAAUAAAGUUGGCCAGGGGGGCUAUGGUCCUGUUUACAAGGGCAUCCUAUCAAACCGUCAAGAAGUAGCUGUGAAAAAACUAUCAAAAGCCUCUACACAAGGAUUUGAAGAAUUCAAAAAUGAGGUGAUGCUAACUGCACGACUCCAGCAUGUGAAUCUUGUUCGGCUUUUGGGUUUCUACAUUGAUGGAGAACAACAAAUGUUAGUCUACGAGUACAUGCCAAACAAAAGCCUGGAUUCCUAUCUAUUUGAUCCUAUUAGACGGUACCUUCUGGAUUGGAGAAAACGCAUAUACAUCAUUGAGGGAAUUACUCAAGGGCUUCUUUAUCUACAAGAAUAUUCUAGAUUGACAAUAAUCCAUAGAGACAUAAAAGCUAGCAAUAUUUUGUUAGACAAUGAGAUGAAACCAAAAAUCUCCGACUUUGGUAUGGCAAGAAUAUUUAGAAAAGACGAACUUGAAGCAAACACUAGUAAAAUUGUUGGAACAUAUGGUUAUGUUUCUCCUGAAUAUGCUAUGAAAGGUUUAUACUCAACCAAAUCCGAUGUGUACAGCUUUGGAGUUCUACUUCUACAAAUUGUAAGUGGCAGGAGGACAGCAUGCUUUUAUGGUGAACAUGAAAAUUUAAACCUCAUGGAGUAUGCUUAUGAGCUAUGGAAAGAAGGAAAAGGCAUGGAAUUUGCUGAUCCUUCACUGGAUGACUCACAUUCGACGUGUAAAUUAUUGAGGUGCAUGCAAAUAGCUUUACUAUGUGUGCAGGAAGAUGCAAAUGAUAGGCCGACUGUGAAGGAAAUUUCUUCAAUGUUGAAAAGUGACACUAUUCUGAUAAUUCCCCAAAAGCCAGCGUUUUCCAUAAACAGAGAUGAGAAGAAACCCAAUAAAUUUAUUAUGCAUGAAGAAAAAUGUUCAAUUAAUGAUGCAACAAUAUCACAAGUUGUAGCUCGAUAGUAUUGUAAAAUUUGUUUAGGACAAAAGACAAAUAAUUCUCCUUCCUUUUACCCUUGAAAAAGUAAUUUCAUCUUCAGUUCAGUUUAAUAUU